GAGCAGAGGGGGUAGUGGCGAGAGGAGAAGUGCGAGAGCGUCGAGGCGAUGCUGCCCUCGCUGCUGCUGCUGCUUCUGCUGCUGCCGCCGCCGCUGCCCGCCGCCCGCUGUCCGCCCCGCUGCGCCUGCACACAGCGCGCCCUGCGCUGCCCGGCCCCGCCGCAGGGGGCGCUGCCCGCGCCCGCCCGCGCAUCAUUCACUCACCUGCCUGUCAAAGUAAUCCCAUCACAUGCAUUUGAAGGACUGAGAGACGCCUUCAUCAUUGAAAUCUCUCAGAGCGACUCCCUGGAGAGAAUAGAAGCAAGCGCUUUUGACAGCCUUCCCACCUUGUCUGAAAUAUUAAUCCUGAACACGAAAAAUCUGUUGCACAUCGAGGAUGGAGCGUUCAGAAACCUUCCAAGGCUAAAAUACUUGAGCAUUUGUAACACUGGAAUAAGACAAUUUCCAGACCUGACGCAGAUCUUCUCAUUAGAAGCCCAUUUUAUUUUGGAGCUCUGCGAUAACUUGCGUAUGACAACUAUACCACAAAAUGCUUUCCAGGGGAUGAACAAUGAAUCACUGACGCUCAAGUUAUAUAAAAAUGGAUUUGAAGGUAUCCACAGCCAUGCCUUCAAUGGGACAAAGCUGAAUCAACUAAUCCUGAAGGAUAAUAAGAACCUCAGGUGGAUCCACAAUGAUGCCCUGAGAGGGGCCACGGGGCCAGAUGUCCUGGAUAUUUCUUCCACGGCACUGGAGUCCCUGCCUAGUUAUGGGCUGGAGGCCAUUCAAGUCUUAAAUGCAACAUCAUCUUACUCGUUAAAGAGCCUGCCGCCACUGGAUAAAUUCAGCAGUCUUCUGGAAGCUGUCCUAACGUACCCCAGCCACUGCUGUGCUUUUCGAAACCUACGGACAGAGAAACAGAAUUCCUUGCUUUCCAUUUUUGACAACUUCUCCAAAGAGUGUGAAAGCACCAUGAGGAAGCCGACUAAUGAAAUAUUUAGUUACAGAGAUGAUUCUUACAACACAUCACUGUGGUCAGCAGAAAAGAAUUCAUACCAGUUUGCAACAGAUGAAGAAACCUCUCCUUACAGCUACUCAGCCAUUUUUGAUGACAGUGAAAUGACCAACUUCGACUUUGAGUAUGACUUUUGUCAGCCUAAAAUACUCACAUGCACUCCAGAACCAGACGCAUUUAAUCCCUGCGAAGACAUCCUGGGAUACAGCUUCCUGAGAGUCCUGAUCUGGUUUAUAAACAUCCUUGCCAUUGCUGGCAACUUCACUGUGCUCCUUGUUCUCAUCACCAGCCAUUACAAGCUCACUGUUCCUCGCUUCCUCAUGUGCAACCUCUCCUUUGCUGAUUUUUGCAUGGGGCUUUACCUGCUGCUCAUCGCUUCCGUUGAUGCCCAGACGAGUGGUCAGUACUACAACCACGCUAUAGACUGGCAGACAGGCAGUGGCUGCAGCACUGCUGGCUUUUUCACAGUGUUUGCCAGCGAGCUCUCAGUGUACACGCUGACGGUGAUCACUGUAGAAAGGUGGCAUACCAUCACCUACGCCAUGCAGCUGGACCGAAAGUUACGGCUGAGGCAUGCCGUGCCCAUCAUGCUCGGCGGCUGGAUAUUCUCCAUUCUAAUAGCAGCGCUGCCUCUCCUUGGGAUCAGCAGCUACAUGAAGGUCAGCAUUUGUUUACCCAUGGAUAUCGAAACAGGUCUUUCCCAAGCCUACAUCCUGCUGAUCUUAGUGCUAAAUGUUGUCGCCUUCAUCGUCAUCUGUGCUUGCUACAUCAAGAUUUACAUAGCUGUUCAGAAUCCAGAGCUGGUGGCUGCCAAUAAAGAUACCAAGAUUGCCAAGAGAAUGGCGAUACUGAUCUUCACAGAUUUUACCUGCAUGGCACCCAUCUCCUUUUUUGCCAUAUCCGCUGCCUUUAAGGUACCUCUUAUCACAGUGACAAACUCCAAGAUUCUGCUGGUUUUGUUCUACCCCGUCAACUCCUGUGCAAACCCAUUUCUCUAUGCCAUUUUUACUAAAGCGUUUCGAAGGGAUUUCUUCCUGCUGAUGAGCAAGCUGGGUUGCUGUAAGAGCCGAGCAGAACUUUACAGGAUGAAUUGCUUUUCUACUUAUACCUCCAACUGCAAGAAUGGCAGCUCAGCCACAGCACCCAACAAAGCCUCACAAGCACUGCUGCUCUUGUCGGUAUUAGAGAAGCCAUAUCGUCAGUACGAGACAAGAUGUCUUACAAUGAAAACUAAACCAGAGUGCCAGAAGAUGCAGUGCUUCACCAGCUGAAAUUACUCUAAUGACUAGGAACUAUUUCGUAUCAUCUUGAACAUUUCAUAGACUCAUAGAAUGGUUUGUGUGGGAAGCAAACACACAGCCCAUCUAGUUCCACCCCCCCGCCAUGGGGAGGGACACCUCCCACUGGAUCAGGUUGCUCAAAGCCCCAUCCAACCUGGCCUUGAACACCUACAGGUUUGGGGCAUCCACCGCUUCUCUGGGCAGCCUGGCUCAGUGCCUCACCACCCUCACAGGAAAAUAUUUCUUCCUAAUAUCCAAUUUCAUAAUAAAUAAAAACACCACUCAAUAGUCUUACGCAGUGUAACCGUUCUGAGAUUCAAAGUGGUGUUUUCUCUUUUCUUCUGUUGUAACAAAAGGCAAAACUCUUCUUUCAAGGAACCAGGGAAGCCCAGGAGUAGUCAAAGUGCUCUUGAAGUUAACAGGUAUUGUGACAACAGCAGUCUGGCUCCUUUCUCUCCAAAUCUGCUUCCCUAGAGUAUUUAGAGCCUGUCUGCUAAGUUGCGUCCCUUCUUUUUCCACUCUGCACUGGCAUUGUUGGGUUAAAGAAAGGGGCACUGAACUAAACGCUUCCCUUCUUUGCAUCAACAAAAACCUUCAAUUACCCAGCCACCUACACCUGGUUAUAGAAUAGUGUUCAAGGUUAGGUUGUAAACCUGUCCCCAAGGAGAAAAGCUGACCUGCUGACCCUUUGGUUAGUAGCGAUUUCACAGUUUACAUUAGGUCUCAAUCUGAGCUGGUAGGUAAUUUAAUUAAAAAAAUUAACCCAUAUACAACCAUGUAAAAUCUGAAAAUGACAAGAGAUGUAAAACCUCAGCUGCCACGCACAGGGCUCUGUUUUGUUAUUUAUCAUGUACACACAAAUCACCCAAGCUGUGAAGACUCCUGCUCAGCAGCAGGAUAGCUGAGCUGCCUGCACAGGUAAAUAAGCACUGCCUUAUUCUUCAGGGACAGCCUCAUGAAUCUUUCCAUCUGCCUACUCUCUGGUAUCACCAGUGCCAUUCCAGAUGCACUGGCGACUCCUCAGCACUCGCAGUCCAGCUCCUUUCCCAGCUGAUGAAGUAGAGUAGCUACUUUUUAGUGACUGUGUCUUCCCAUACAAAUCUGUCUUUUCUUUCACUAUGUGUUGCCUGAUGCUAAGGGUAAUCCAGGUUUGUGGCUGCUUUCCUAAUUUAAGUAAGAAUUGAACAUGGCUUCAUUAUUGAAGCAUAUUUACUGUGUGUCAAAUAAGCAGUCACCCUUCGUUUACUUGCCAUAAGCCACCACCACACUGUACUGAGGUUGGAGAUUCCCAUGUGUAAGUUCUUACCUGCAUUGUAUGGGCCAAACAAUCUGUACCGAGGGACAAGCUGCAUUGAAUGCCAGGUAAGAUCCUCACCGGAAUCUCCCCCAGAGACAUCCUAAGGUGGCCAGGAUCAGCACUGCCUGGCCUUCUGAAAAUGAGGGGCUGAUACUGGGAAGCUCAUGGUCCCGUAGGCAAAAAACAGAUGGAAAAACUGUGGGCUGUGAUUCAAGCCUCUUCUUAGAUAGCUUUAUUCUUGGCAGGUUGAUUACAUUGCCUCUGAUGGAAGAACACACACGUGCUUACAUUCCAUCAACAGUUAUUGAUGGCCAACAAAAGUGCAGACCGAUACAUAAGAAAAUGGUAUUAUUGCCAUCACUUUAAACAUCUUACAUUUUCCUUCAAGCCUGUGCCAGCAAAAGAGUAAAAUUCUUUGUUCCCAAGCACACCUCUUGUUACCAAACCACUGCACUACAAAUUAUAUUUGCUUCAUGUUAAUGAAAGUUACUUUUUACUAGUACUGGUUUAUCAUUAGCUUAUCAUUGUGCGAGUUAGAAAUAACAUCUCAGACCCUCUCACGUUCAGCUUGAUGCCAUUAUUUCACUCAGUGUCAGAGCUUGGUAAGUAAGCAUGGCUGUACUCUCGAGCAGUCCACACACACAGGGAACGAAGCACGACUGAGAACAGACUCUUGAAACUCUACAGUUUAACAAUCAGUAACAACUCCAUAAGAUGCACAUCUUUACACACACCAGCUCCUGAGCUUAGCAAUGAGCACACAGGACUCCUAUAGGAUGUUUAACUAGAACAGAAAGUAAAGACACUGCUGAAAACCACCACCUACAUGGCCUAAGGUUUCUCUGUACUGAGAACUCUCAAAACUGAUUUUCAAGACUCAUUUCUUUGGAUGACCCAUAUCCUGCACACAAUUUAGGACAUGGUAAAACAAUGUCUCAGUUGGAAAAUAACUGAUUUACGUUCAUUAUAUUUCAACAGGACAAGAGCUCGGAAGCCCACUCUUCCCAUCCACCCACCACACAACAUCAGGAAGUUACACGAGAGGGAAACAAGUUAGAUAUAGCAACUACUGAUGGUACCUGCUUUACAGAGCCACGUGGUAAAAGGGAAGACAAGAGCUAUGGGCAUUUGUCUUUUGGUAUCUACUGUAAGUUGAGCAAAAUCUACCAGUUAGAAAAUAAUCACUGGUUUAAAACAAACAACCCACAAACAACAGAAGUAAUUUAGUUUAUAUACUUCAUUUUGUCUACACACAUAAGCAAGGAGAGUGGUAAAAGCAAAGCUUUUAUAUUUAGAUUCAUGCUAAAGCUUCUCACACAAGUUACGCUUUUUAGUCUAUCUUGUCAUUUUUCGUAAACUCACCUUCUUUCUGGUGUAAAGUUUUAGACAUUUACUGAAGUAUCUUCACUAGCCAUAACUGGUACCACACACCUCUUCCCACAUCUGCAGCAACGUUGUCAGUAGUGACAAUCAAAAGCAUUAAUACAGUAAACUAUUCAGAUCAAAAACAUCCCAGUUUGAUCACUGCUCAAGUCACAGGCUACAGUAAUUACCUAACUGAGCUCACAUUUUAAUAAAAACCUUUUUUUCCAGUAUAAAAAUUUCUGACUUCAGAUGCUUUUAGUUGUAAAUAUCUU